AUGUCGAAGACAGCCCAGAUGCCCAUGCUCAAAAUGAACGAGAUGUGGGCGUCAAUGGAAUGGAUUCCCAGACCAUUAAGAAGUUUAAUUCGUGAAGGACAAGCCCGCGGUUGGUGUGCCGUCGAGGACGCCAUGAUCGCUGCUCGCUGCUACCUUGGCCACCUCGAGCAGGCCGGCAUGCACCGUGCCCCUAUCAUCGAGGCCGGUUUGGCUCCCACCGCCGAGACAUACGCUCUCAUUUAA